AGUUUUAUCUGUCAAGACAAAUUCGUCUAAUAUGCGGCCGGCCUUAACUGGCGGGAUGGUUGCAUUGGUUGCAUCAGUGCAUCCGCAGCUCGCAAUCUGUGUCGAGCGGUAGAGGGAUGCAGGCGCUGUUGUGGCUCGUGCUGGGCUGGCUGGCGGCGGCGGACGCGGCGCGCAUCCUGGCCGUGCUGCCCACCAACACGAAGAGUCACUACGCGAUGUACGGCCGCCUCAUAGAUGCCCUGGCUAAAAAGGAGCAUCACUUGACCGUCAUCACGCACUUUCCUAUGAAAAACCCACCUUCAAACGUAGAAGAGAUCAGUCUAGCUGGCACGAUUCCUGAGUUAACCAACAAUCUGACGAAACAGCAAUACUCCUUGAAACCAGACUCUAUCAGAAACCUGGAGCAAAUCAUGGCCGAGUGCGUCCACUCCUGCGAAAUCGUGUCACAGAACCCAGAAGUCAGAGCACUAGUCAGUUCAACGAAGACCUUCGAUUUAGUCAUAGUGGAAGUCUUUGGAAGCGAAUGUUUCCUUCCAUUUGGAAAAAGGUUCAAAGCUCCGGUCGUCGGGCUUCUUUCAAGUGUACCCUUACCGUGGGUCAACGAGCAAUUGGGAAACCCUGAAGGGACUGCCUACAUUCCAGCCUAUAUGAUGGGUUACGGACAGCGGAUGAAUGUGUGGGAACGUUUUCUUAACACUGCAGCAGUUCUUUGGGCGAAAAUUUUGUACAGAAACAAAUCCCAGAUACCUUCGCAGGUGAUAGCAGAUAGAUUGUUUGGACCUGGCCCGAAGCUUGAAGCGUUAGCUCAGAACUACAGUCUGAUACUAUCAAAUAGCCAUUUCAGUAUUAAUGAAGUAAGGCCCUUAGUACCAGCUCUUGUCGAAGUUGGAGGCUUACAUUUGGACAAUACGCAAAAAUUGUCUCAGGAGCUGAAGCGAACUCUAGACAACGCUCAAGAAGGAAUAAUCUAUUGGAGCUUUGGAUCUAUGUCACGUAUUGAAACUAUACCGAGGGAAAAAUUGUCGCAGAUCUUCACCGCCAUAUCAGAAUUGUCACAAACGGUCCUAGUGAGACUGAAUCGCGAAAUGCUCGCCAAAGUCACAAACCUCACUGUUCCUGAUAACGUUUAUGCUAUGGACUGGAUACCUCAAUACAAGACAUUAUGUCACCCGAACGUUAAAUUGUUCAUAUCGCACGGCGGUUUGCUGGGCACACAAGAAGCGGUGGCGUGUGGUGUUCCUACGCUUAUGGUACCACUCUACGCCGACCAAGCCCUCAACGGACGAGCCAUGAGCGACCGCGGCGUUGCCCGAGUCAUCUCCUUGAGAGGCUCUACUACGGACGAUUGGCGAGAAGCGUUCCACGAUUUACUAGCAAAUAAUAGAUAUAAAGAAAACGCAUUAAGAUUAAAGGAUAUGUUCCUAGAUCGACUGUUACCACCUUUGGAGACGGGGGUAUAUUGGAUAGAGUAUGUUCUGAGGCACAAAGGAGCUUUACAUUUAAGAUCGCCAGCGCUCGAUCUCUCGUACUCCCAAUACUUAUUAUUGGAUGUCAUAGCACUUAGUAUAGCCAUCACAUUGAUGAUAGUAUUCAUCCUACACAUAUUGUUCAGAUAUUUAUGCACACGUUGCGUUCGGUGGUGGCCGAAAGAAGUUAUUUUAGAAAAGAAACUUUUAAGAAGAAAUAUUAGCCUAUUUCUUUGGAUUUACAAGGUCAAAACGAAUUGAAUGAAAAUCUAGAAAUAAUUUACAGGCACAAUAUUGUUAUUUUGUUUGUUGUACAGUUCUUGCAAUUCUCAAGCGCGCGUGAACUUUCUUGUGGUUGCAUCGUAUACAAGCACAUUGCGAUAGUGUGCGUGCCGGUCGGACCAAUCAGAACAAGCGCUCGCAAACGCACACAUUUACUCUACUUAUACCGAUACGACUUACACACAAGCAUGAACACUCUUACGCACUCGUGAAAUGCAAGAACUAGGUAUAACACAAUAGUGUACAAGUGUAAAAAAUACUGAUCAAUUUUGAGAGUAGCAUGCUUUAAAUUAAAUUAAUCAAGGAGUUAAGAUCAAGGAUGGUCCUAUUCUAAUUAGAAAUUUUUAAUGAAAUUUUAAUAGUAAGUUUUUUAGUUCAUGCUGCUUUAGUUAAUUAAAAAUGUUAAUACUAAAUGGCCAAUAAUUAUUAAAGAUUUACCAGUAUGUUAGAAGGCGUAUCAUAUUUGAUUUCAAAUGAUACGAAGAAUAUUUCUACUUAUAUCUGGUUCUUUUGAUGUAACCGAUUAGUUUAAAUAACGAUCACUCACGAUAGUUGAAAUUCUAAAACAGCAUAGUACUCUCCAAAGUUGCGUGGUUAUUUCUUAAAAAGUAAUUCAUUGUAAAUAAUUACAAAUAAGUUAUUUAUUGUUUUCCCCUGUGACAUACAAAAUGAUAUGAGUUAAGUGAACAAGACAUUAAGAGAUUCAAACUAAAUAAGACAGAUCCAUAUUAUAUAACAUGUUCGGAAAAAAUCUACAUUGUUAUAUAACAUAAUAUGACAGCAAUUCUUAUUUAGCAGUUCCUACUAAAAUGACAGGUCUAAAAUGUUGUGCUAUCCCUUUCAUAACAUUCCCUGCUGAUAGGGUUAGCACUACAUCUAGACCUGUCAUUCCAAUCACUUGAGUUUAUAAUAACCAACCAAACUAGCUCUAAUCACGACUUAAUCAUGUUAUAUAACCCUACAUUUUUAAACAUGUUAUAUUACAUCACCUGGACACAGUUAUAUUUUGUAUUGUGUUUAUAAUAGGUAGUGUAUGUACUGUGUAUGUAAUUAUAGCCACUAACCAAGUGUAAACUGUGCUGUACUGUAAUUUGUGAUAUUAAGUGUGUUCAAGUCAGAUAAUAAGUUACGAUUAAAGAAUUAAACGUAGA